UCUGCCCCUCUCACCAGAAACUUCCUAUUUCAUCGUUCUCUUUGUUCUUCUUCCCUUUCAAUCACCACAAAAAAAAAAAAAAAACUUCAAUGUCUUCUUCAUUCAAAUUCCCAAUCUCUCUCUUUCUCUCAUCUCUUCUUCUCCAUGCAGCUUUAGGGGAAAUCAUAUGCGAGGAUCUUCCGGCGAAAACGUGCGCCUUUUCGAUAUCGGCCGCCGGAAAAAGAUGCUUGUUGGAGACGGAAAACGUCGCCGGAAAAUUCUACUGCCGGACGUCGGAGGUCGACGUGGAGGGGAUCCUAAACCACGUGGAGACGGAUGAUUGCGUGGCAGCUUGUGGGGUUGACCGGAAAACGGUCGGAAUCUCGUCGGACGCUUUGCUCGAACCGGGCUUCGCCGCCAAGCUUUGCUCCUCGGCUUGUUACGACUUUUGCCCUAACAUCGUCGAUCUUUAUUUCAACCUCGCCGUCGGCGAAGGUGCAUUUUUACCUGAUCUGUGUGAGGCUCAUCGGGCAAAUCCUGACCGUUCGAUGUUAGAGAUCCUCAGUUCCGGCGCGGUCUCCGACAUGGCUCAGGCUCCGGCUCCGGCUCCCAUGUGAAAGCCCAUUCUAUAAACAUAUUAAUCGUAAAUAAAUGACGCCUUAUAUGAAUUGAUUGAUACUUUCUUCGGUUAAUUCGUAUAUGAGAUAUAAUAUAAGUUAGAAUGAGAGGUUCAUUUUGGUAUGUUUCGUCACAUUUUUGCCGAGAAUAAUAAAAGCUUAAUUUCGAAUUU